AAGUGGGGUUUCGGGUUGGGUUCGGUUGAGCCUAAGUCCAAUCCGAACAUGAACCCGAUUUGUGAAUCUAAAGUCCAAAUUUCAAAAUUUCGGGUUGGGCUUGAGUUGGACUGGGUUAACCCGGCCAAGUUGCAGCCUAUGGGUAGACCCAUCUAAUAAUUUCUCUUUGUCGUUUCCGUAUACACCACCAACGACAACCUUCUCAAAACCCUUUUUGCCGAAAAAGCUAAAACCCUAAUCGUUUCACGUCCACUCUCGCAGAGGCUGCGAUUGAACGGUGGCGUUUCAGGAGUCACUUUCAGAGGCCAAAUCCUAUUCUUCAAAUACUUGAACCUCAAUCUCCAAACGAUUAUGGCAACAAUGGAAGUCGAAGAACAGAGAGAAAUGGACAACAACGUGAUGUGUCUAUUGACGGACCCAGAAGGGACUGCACUGGGAGCUCCUAUGUACGUUCCACAAAAAUUUGGACCGAAAGAGCUUCAACAAAUGGUCAAUAAGCUUAUCAAUAAUGAAGAGAAGAUGCCUUAUGCUUUCUACAUAUCAGAUCAAGAGCUUAUUGUGCAACUUGGAUCAUAUUUACAGAAAAACAAAGUUUCUGUUGAGAAGGUACUGACAAUAGUUUAUCAACCGCAAGCAGUUUUCCGCAUCCGUCCAGUUAAUCGUUGUUCUGCAACAAUUGCUGGUCACACAGAAGCUGUACUUUCAGUUGCCUUUAGUCCUGAUGGCCGACAGUUAGCAACUGGUUCAGGAGAUACCACUGUUCGAUUGUGGGACCUAAAUACCCAGACACCACUGUUCACGUGCACAGGGCACAAGAAUUGGGUUCUUUGUAUUGCAUGGUCACCAGAUGGUAAGCAUCUUGCUAGUGGAAGUAAGGCUGGAGAACUUCAAUGCUGGGACCCGCAGACUGGGAAGCCAUCAGGCAACCCACUCAUUGGUCACAAGAAAUGGAUUACUGGCAUAUCUUGGGAACCAGUACACCUCAAAUCUCCCUGUCGACGUUUUGUAAGUGCUAGUAAAGAUGGUGAUGCGCGUAUAUGGGAUAUUUCAUUGAGGAAAUGCGUUAUUUGUCUUAGUGGCCACACACUUGCAGUAACUUGUGUGAAAUGGAGUGGCGAGGGAGUUAUAUAUACAGGAUCUCAGGAUUGUACAAUAAAAGUUUGGGAAACUUCACAGGGGAAGUUAAUUCGUGAAUUAAAGGGCCAUGGGCAUUGGGUUAAUUCCCUGGCAUUGAGCACUGAAUAUGUUCUUCGGACUGGAGCUUUUGAUCACACCGGUAAACAAUAUUCAUCUCCAGAGGAAAUGAAGCAGGUAGCUCUGCAAAGGUACAACAAAAUGAAAGGUGAUGCCCCUGAAAGAUUGGUUUCUGGUUCUGAUGAUUUCACCAUGUUCCUCUGGGAACCUACUGUCAGCAAACACCCCAAAACUCGAAUGACAGGCCAUCAACAGCUUGUGAACCAUGUUUACUUCUCUCCUGAUGGACAAUGGGUGGCAAGUGCUUCAUUUGACAAGUCAGUCAAGCUAUGGAAUGGUAUCACAGGAAAAUUUCUUGUCGCUUUCCGGGGCCAUGUAGGCCCUGUCUAUCAGAUAAGCUGGUCUGCUGACAGUAGAUUGCUUUUAAGUGGGAGCAAAGACUCGACACUGAAGGUUUGGGAUAUCCGGACGCAGAAGUUGAAACAAGAUCUUCCAGGUCAUGCAGAUGAGGUUUUUGCUGUUGAUUGGAGUCCAGAUGGUGAGAAGGUAGCAUCCGGUGGUAAAGAUAGAGUUUUAAAGCUAUGGAUGGGAUAGAAUAUACAAGGGAGACAAAAGGUACAUGCAAGGGCAUGAUCCAAAGGAGUUUCAUUCAGUGGAGUUCUGCAGCCUCCAUCACGAGUUGGCACCGUAUACAAUACCGUUGUACAAGUAUGGCAUAAGAACAUCAGAAGACUGAAAAGGAACAUUAUAGAUCGGCUUCGUGGGUGGUCAAUGGAUGGGCUCUCUUAUCAGUUGUGCUAGUAUUCUGGGUUCAUUUCAAUUUCUUCUGGUCUUCUGCAAAUUUGGUCGUUGAAAACUCCAGUUGCACUCUUUGGGUAACGUUGCAAUUAUGGGCUGAAGCUCUGGAUUUGCUGUCUGGUUGGAGGUAAAACGCUGGCUAAUUAUUGCUUUUAUGCGUAUUGAGAAGAUUAUGAUUCUCUGUUUUUUUUUCUUUGUCAAGCUACAGUGACUGUGUUUAUAGUGAUUCUAACAUCUGAAGCCCAGUUUUAUAUUCCAUGACAAUCAUAGAUCAACAAACAUAUGGCAUGGCUUGCAUGUUGUUUCUUUUGUUUUAAAUAAUAAUAUAUUAGUUCUAAUAUCUAA